AUGUGCAACGGAUACAGGAAGAUGUUGAACGACAACGGAUACCCUCGAGCGGAGAAGGAAGUGGUCGAGAAGACCAAGGACGUUCUUCUGACGAAAGAGGGCAAAGAGGGCAAAGCCCAAAGCCCGGAGCUCUCCGAGGGCCAGUCGCUCCGCUCCAUGGGCUCCAAGCUCGCCCAGGACUUCCAGGCGCCCAAGGCCAAAGCCAAGCCCAAGGUGCGGACGCGGACCGAGUCGUCUUCCUGCAACUUCAUGAAGACUUGCAGAUCCUUGCAGGCUGCGCCGCUCCAGGCGGAAGCGGAAGAUUCCAAAACUGCUGCAAGUUCUGUAACAGCAGCAGAGAAGUCUGAACCGUCAAAGGAUGUGGAGUGGACAGCAGAACAACAGCAGGCACUCGAGAAGGCACUCCAAAGGCACCCAGCAAGCCUGGACAAGAACGAGCGCUGGAAGCUGAUUGCGGCUGAGGUCCCGGGCAAAACGAAAGCUCAAUGUGUGGAGCGGUUCAAGUUCUUGCGGGAGCAGCUCAGCAAGGCCAGCGGCUGA